AUGUCGACCAACUCUGGAAACAGCGGAGUCAAGAACCUUCGGGCAAUGUUCGAGAACAAAGCCAGUGAUCAAUCCACAUCUCCCCCCAGUCGAGGCCGAUCUCCAAACCCCUCCGAAAUAUCCAACAACAGCAGACCCGUCAGCAAGGUCCGUGCAAGCUUCGUUGCCGUUGAAAGACCCAGUGAGAACGGAGGAGCACCCCUGCUAGGCCUCAGAAGAGCCAGUGAAGUGAGCAGUAUGGGGGAGAUAAAAGAGAAUGCUAUCGAAGACACAGAGGAUGCAAAGUCAACAGCGCCAGCCGUCACUACGACGGAGGACGACACAACGUCAGGUUCACAAACGGCACCGUCUGCAAAUGUCGAGACGGAUGACGGCGGACUCGGUACCAUUUUGAAGGGAUCUGCUUUUGUCGAGCAUACACCUUCCAAGCUCGCCCCAGAAGCGAAGAAUCUCACUGAAGCAAUUUCAUCCGGUCGAAUACAAGAGAAAAUCCCUCGGUCGCCAUCAAAGCCAGAGGAUAAGUCGAAUGCGGCAGAAAUGGUUGAGAAGAUGCAAGCAAAGGAUGGAACCUUGGGCGGGCCACCCCCAACCACUACUCUCCAAACUACCAAGGAUGCACAGCCAGUCAAGCCGCCACCUACGAGACAGCAGAUUAAUAUCAAGCCCAUCCCUAAAUCGCCCACAGUGACGAGACCCUCCCCUCUAACCCCAACUUCGCCAAAGGUCAAUAUCAGAGGAGGACCUGCAAAAAUCAAGGGUGUGGUGGAAUCGGCGAAAGAAGCACAAAGAGCAAGAGAAGCAGCGAGAUUGAGUGCCGAGAAGACAGGAAAGACCCCAGUCACGGCACCGAAGAUUGACACAAGUGCAAAAUCGACAUCUGCCUCCGAAAGCCACAAAAAAGAGCAGACACCUGUAACUCCUAAAGCCGUCAGAUCGCCCACCACCGUCAAACCCAAACCCCCCACAGUACCUGGGAAACUUCCCGCUGCGGCUACCGCCACGACCGCUUCAACGGCUGCCAAGCAUGAUGCACCGCAUUCACCACCCGAAGCUGAUCGCAAACCUGUGGCGAAGAAACCGACCACCACUUCGUCGACACGACCACCCCGAGCUAGUAGCUCAGCCAGCACGUUUCCGUUAGCAAAGAAGGCAUCUCGUACAUCACUGACCAACGGACACGACAGACCGAAGUCUCGAGUCAGCACAGCCAGACCAGACGAAGGUUUCCUGGCUAGAAUGAUGAGACCCACGGCCAGCAGUGCGCAAAAGGUCCACGAAAAGGUGCAUGUCAGCAGUCAUGUCAGCAGCCCACCUAAACACAAAACGGUGGCUGCAAAUAAAGUCAGGCAGCCUGUCAAGGAGAAGACACAGCCGCAAGCACAUGUUGAAACACCUAUGACGGCCGAAGAGAACAAAGAGAAUUAUUCCGACCUUGAUUUGAGCACUCUACCCGAUGUAGCACACCCUUCCCCACUGGAAGUUGUCAAGGAGGACCCAACGAACGACCAUGUGGAAAAGGAGCCGUCUGCUCCUGAGCCAACCGAGCCGACACAGCAGGUCAAUAGCGACGCUAGCGAGCUGGAUUGA